GCUGGGUGCCGGGUAGCUCUCCGCGCGUCCCGCCCUGGGCAGGUUACCGGGCUGGCGGCGAGUGAGCGAGAAGAUGUCGUCUCCUCAGACCCGGGAGGACGCACAGGGCGGCGACGGCCGCGACGAUCCCCCCCGGGACCUUCGUAGCGUCCUGGUCACCAGCGUGCUCAACCUCGAGCCGCUGGACGAGGAUCUCUUCAGAGGAAGGCAUUACUGGGUACCCACCACCCAGCGGCUGUUUGGAGGUCAGAUCGUGGGCCAGGCCCUGGUGGCCGCAGCCAAGUCUGUGAGUGAAGACGUCCAUGUGCACUCUUUGCACUGCUACUUUGUUCGGGCAGGGGACCCAAAGGUGCCAGUGCUGUACCAGGUGGAGCGGACGCGGACAGGUGCGAGCUUCUCGGUGCGCUCCGUGAAGGCGGUGCAGCAUGGGAAGCCCAUCUUCACCUGCCAGGCCUCCUUCCAGCAGAACCAGCCCAGCCCUGUGCAGCACCAGUUCUCCAUGCCCUCUGUGCCCCCACCGGAAGAGCUGCUGGACCACGACGCCCUCAUUGACCAGUAUUUGAGGGACCCUAACCUCCAGAAGAAGUUCCGAGUGGGGCUGAACCGAAUUGCUGCCAAGGAGGUGCCCAUUGAGAUCAAGCUGGUCAACCCACCCUCCUCCCUGAGCCAACUACAAAGAACGGAGCCCAAACAGAUGUUCUGGGUGCGAGCCCGGGGCUAUAUUGGGGAGGGCGACAUGAAGAUGCACUGCUGCGUGGCCGCCUACAUCUCGGACUAUGCCUUCCUGGGCACGGCACUGCUGCCCCACCACCGGCAGUAUAAGGUGCACUUCAUGGUCUCCCUAGACCACUCUAUGUGGUUCCAUGCUCCGUUCCGCUCCGACCAGUGGAUGCUCUAUGAGUGCGAGAGCCCUUGGGCUGGUGAGUAUGGGGCCACAGGGGACAAGGGCACUGACCCAGGGUGGAGGGAGCCUGCUUUCUUGGGUGAUGCUGUGUCCCCCCACUUCCUCUGGGGCACUGCACGGUUCGCGUCCUCCCCUGCCUGGCUUUGGUGUUCUCAUCUUUAGGACAGCAGGGUGAGGAUGGGACACCCGUUCAGCUCUGUUUCUCUGACAUUCCGAGAAGAUGACUCACUUUUUUAGAGACCCAGGUCUAGUCCGGAAGUACUUCCGUCUCCACGUGGCAAAUCCUAUCCCCCCUCUGCCUUUUCCCAACUAAGCAAGUAGGGUGACCUCAGAGCAGUGUUGCCUAAACUUGGCAACUCACUGGACUGCCACUUGAGGGAGCUUUUUCCAACUCGACUCUGACUCCACUCCCGGAUGGUGAUUCAGCUGGUCUUGGAAGAGGUCCAGGACACUACUCGUGAGAAGUUCCCUAAGUGAUUCUGCUGAUUGACAUGGCUGGGGGUCAGGGCAGCGGAGGUCCCUAAGGGCCUCACUGCCUGCGCCCUGCGUGUCAGGGAAAGAGAAAUCUAGACUCGGGUAUCACCCGGUUCCAGAAUCCUGCUCUCUUUCCCAGGAAGUACAUUUCCAGGAAUGAAACACCUGGGACAGAACUGCAGGGACUGUUUAUCCUCAGGGGAGGGGCACUCUCGGGUGCCAGUAGGGUCAAAGACAAGACGAGCGAUCCCGAAGGCAGGGCACUUGGGUCAGGUUUGGCUGCCUCUUGGGGCCGAGUUCCUCAGCCUCUCUGGACUGCAUUUGGCUUCUGUGAGAACUAGGUGGGCUCGGCCAUGUUUGGGGAAACCACCAGUUCUCUAUAAGAAACCUCACAUGCAGGUCCAAGUCCAGCGAGGAAGAAUGUCCAGGUGGAGAGGGAGGCCAGAUCGCACGGCCUCGGGGGCCCUCCCCAGAGCCCCUCCGAGUCCUCAUGAACUUCCAGCCUGGAGGCCUUGGCUUGAUGGUUACAGGGGAACUGCUGGGCUUCCUAACCCAGGCAGCCAGGGGUACAGCACAACUGCUGGGUGAACCUGUUGAAGGGCACGGUUCUCGGAGCUCCUCCCUCUGUGAUGUUUUUGAGGAAGUGAGCCGGUGCUUAAAUGUGCUUUUAAACCGUUAAGUGGAGUUUCUGUGGGAGGAGUUCCCCCCAGUGACUGUCCAUAAGAGGCCCAUAAAGGGCCACUUGGAGAUUUGGAGCAGCCAGAACACUAUGUCCUGUGUGGGGCAGCCCUGGCCGGGGCCAGACCCUUCCGAAGCAGCAUGGGCAUGCUGAAGCACA